AGUGAUUGGAGGGAACGCAGCGAUGUGGACAGAGAACUGGUGUGGAGAGAAGAGCGGGGUCAUGCACUGGCCGGGCCAAGACGUCCCCUGCCCAGGCCUGGUCCGGGGACACAGGAGGCCGGGCCAGUCUAUCUGCAAGGCUCCUCGUGGCUCCAGCGGGUGGUGACUGUGUGGUUAAGUCCAAACUGAUCUUCAGGGAAGGAAAUUCGUAGGCAGGGUGCGGUCGCUUCAGAAGGGGCCAGGGUGGGCUUGAAGCCCGUGCCAGGCCCGCUGAGGGCAGCUUCAAGGACAGUGAGGGCUCCGGCCCCAGGGUGCGGGGCAAACCCUGGGACAGAGGGCAGGGACUUCAGAUCGACGCAGAAGUGUCACUGCCCAGCCCGGCGGGCCUCCUGGGGACAGCGGGGGACUGCCGGUGGGUGUUCUUGGCCUGGGCCUGGCCCUUUAGGAGCAGACGCUCCCGGGUGCCAUGGGGACAAGAAGGGGUGCAGCAGGGAGAAGGCCUCCCCCCGCACAGAUCCCCCAGAGCACCCAGCCACCCGCUGCCCUGAGGAGGGAGGAGUGGUUGGUGCUCCAGGAAAUCCUCCCUGGCGCCCGGGAGAGGACCUCGCAAUCCCAUCCCUGCUUACAUAACGUAACACAGCUGAGCCAGCCAAGUUCAAACUGGUGUUUUUGCUUUCGCUGAGGUGUGUUUACCUUGCCAAGGGAGGUCCUGGUUCAUCGUUCCUUGACUCCUGAAGGCCUGGCCGAGGCCCCUCCCCCCAGCGGGGCUCACAGACCUGAAGUGGCCCCCCCAUCGUCCGUGUCCGGCGGCUGGGGACAUCGUCCGUGUCCCGCUGCAGCUAAGCCUCCCCCUCUGAGGCCUCACUGGAGGUGCUUGCGUUUCGGGAACAAAAGGGCUCUUCUGUCUGAGGAGCUCAGAGAUGUUCCAGAAGAUUCCAUAGGAGGAACAGGAGGUCAGGAAUCAUGUGGCUGGAAAUUCUCCUCGCCUCAGUGCUGGCCUUUGUCGUCUACUGGUUUGUUUCCCGGGACAAGGAGGAAACGCUGCCACUUGAAGAUGGGUGGUGGGGCCCCGGGGCGAGGCCCACGGCCCCAGAGGACGAGAGCAUCCGCCCUUUCAAGGUAGAGACGGCAGACGAGGAGAUCAAGGACUUACACCGCAGGAUCGACGGGACCCGUUUAACCCCACCUUUGGAGGACAGCCGCUUCCAUUAUGGCUUCAACUCCAACUACCUGAAGAAGAUCCUCUCCUACUGGCGGAAUGAAUUUGACUGGAGGAAGCAGGUGGAGAUGCUCAACAGGUACCCUCACUUCAAGACCAGGAUCGAAGGGCUGGACAUCCACUUCGUCCAUGUGAAGCCGCCCCACCUGCCGCCCGGCCGCACCCCCAAGCCCCUGCUCAUGGUACACGGCUGGCCCGGCUCCUUCUACGAGUUUUAUAAGAUCAUCCCCCUCCUGACUGACCCUGCGAACCACGGCCUGAGCGAGGAGCACGUGUUCGAAGUCAUCUGCCCUUCCAUUCCUGGCUACGCCUUCUCGGAGGCAGCCUCCAAAAAGGGCUUGAAUUCAGUGGCCACCGCCAGGAUCUUUUACAAACUGAUGCUGCGGCUGGGCUUCCGGGAGUUCUACAUUCAGGGCGGGGACUGGGGGGCCCUGAUCUGCACCCACAUGGCCCAGAUGGUGCCCAGCCACGUGAAAGGCCUGCACUUGAACAUGGCUUUCAUUUUAAAUGGCCGCGUCCUGACCCUCUUCCUGGUUCGGCAUUGCCCGAGGCUCUUCGGUUUCACCCAGAGGGAUAUGGAGCUGAUGUUGCCCUUCGAGGAGAAGAUUUUCUACAGACCGCUGCGGGAGAGCGGCUACAUGCACAUCCAGAGCACCAAGCCCGACACCGUGGGCUGCGCUCUGAACGACUCUCCCGCGGGCCUGGCUGCCUACAUCCUGGAGAAGUUUUCGACCUGGACCGAUUCUGAGUUCCAAGAGCUGGAGGACGGGGGCCUGGAGAGAAAGUUCUCCCUGGACGACCUGCUGACCAACGUCAUGCUCUACUGGACAACUGGUGCCAUCACCUCCUCCCAGCGCUUCUACAAGGAGAACAGGGGGCAGCUCUUCAAGCAGGAUCGGGUCAAGGUGUCGGUGCCCACCGGCCUGGCCGCCUUCCCGUGUGAGCUGAUGCACGUACCGGAGAGGUGGGUGAAGGGCAAGUACCCGAGGCUCGUGUCCUACUCCUACAUGCCCCGCGGGGGCCACUUUGCUGCCCUCGAGGAGCCAGAGCUGCUGGCCCGGGACAUCCGCAAGUUCGUGGGGCUGCUCGAGCUGCCCUGAUGCCGCGGGGGUGGCCCCCGGGGCUGAGUCUCCCUCCCGUCAGCCGCCGCCUCCCAGUGCAGCCCCCCCCCCCGCCCCCUCCCUCCCCCCCC